AUGACAUACGUGUUAUGUCCUGCAACUCCUACCGCUCUUCGAUUUAUAACUGACUUGAAUGGGUGUGAAUUGUGUCACAGUAUCAAAUACCUGGGUCAACAGGGAACUUAUACAACAUUAUCCGGACUUCGGAUUGUUUACGUUAGCGUCAGUCCAAGUGUUGAAGCAGAUUCAGACACGUGGGUCACAGAAUUCCCAUCUCUUGAGGCAGAUCCAUCUUUCUGUGGGGUUGAUCUGCUUCUCACAUGCCAGUGGCCCACGUACAUAGUUCCGUCAAAUGACCCGCUUUCUUCCAAAGUGGCUGAUCAAACCUCUCUAUGUGUUGCUCAUAUUGCGAAAUCCGUUACACCGCGGUACCACUUUGUUGCCACAAAUGGUGUAUUCUACGAACGCAAGCCCUAUAGAAAUCACCGAGUUCUUCAGGAAAAGGAAAAACUCGUUACUCGAUUUAUUGCUCUAGCUAAGGUUGGGAACAAGGGAAAUGCAAAGUAUUUAUAUGCUCUGAAAGUCAAACCGGUUGAUAAAAUGUCCCAGAUCGAACUCUGUGCACAACCUCCAGAUGUGACGGAUAAUCCGUAUUUUGAUACGCUUGAUAGAAUCACGCUGCCGAAACCCAAAGAGAUGGAAGUUCAAACUGAGCAGUAUUUCUAUGCCACUGGUAAAAAGCGGGUCAUGGAUGGUGAUGGCAACCGAAAACGCACAAAUUGGAAGCUGAAGAAGUAUGACAAUCCUCGUUCCACCGAAACCACCCCAAAAGUUCACGACGCUUGUUGGUUUUGUCUGGGCAAUCCUCAAGUGGCGAAGCAUCUCCUCGUCACUAUAGCAACCCAUGCCUAUCUGGCCUUGCCUCGCGGACCCCUAGUCAAGGACCAUGUGCUCAUUUUGACAGUGGGGCACCAUCAGAGUUGGUUGACCUGCUCGGAGGCUGUGCAGGCCGACAUCGAGGCCUACAAGCAAAGUCUGCGAGCAAUGUUCAAGGAGGAGGGCAAGGUGAUGGUCACCUUUGAGCGCAACUACAAGACCCACCACUAUCAGCUUCAAGUGGUGCCGGUGCCUUUUGCCGUGGCAGGGGAAGUGAAGAAAGCUUUCCUCGAAAUGUCUGAGAGUCUGGCCAAUUCGCCUUGCAAACUGGAACCUCUGCCCAGGUCGUCGUCAAUCAGUGACUUCUGCAAGCCGGGCAUCCCUUACUUCUACGUUGAGCUCCCGACUGGAGAAAAACUGUUUAACAAGAUUGAGAGGGAUCGAGUCUCUUCGUCGGACGUCAAUUUUGGCCGCGCCGUGUUGGCCUCCGAGGCCAUUUUGAAUUGCCCUGAACGAGUGAACUGGCGGGAGUGCACAGAGAGCGAAGAGGUGGAGACUCAACUGGCUACCGAGAUGCGCAAAAAAUUUGCCUCCUUCGACUUUGCCUGA